AUGUUAUUUCGCUCCAUCGCUACCGUAAUAUCCGCCGCCCUCUUUGCUCAAAGCGUGUGCGCAGCAUUGACCCCCGCCCAGGUCGUUGCUAGCGUCGAGGUCGUUACGACUCUCUCUGCGAGCAUAACUAAGUCGGUUUCGGUGAUCACGACUAAGUCGUCCCUCAACACCAUUUCAAGUACCUCUAAGACCGUAUCUACCGGAUUUACCAAGAUUGUCUCCACCAUCGGAACAUUUGUUACGGGGAUAGAAGAUACCUCUCCGUUCCCUGACGACGCGGCUCAGCUCGUCGUCAAUGCUUUAGUUGCCGUAAAUCUCAUUACCAGUAUUUUUCGUCGCGCUGCUGAUGUAGUUUGGUCAAUACACUCAAUUUUCGCUCAAUUCGCCCUGACCGCACCCAUCGUAGCUGUGCUCCGUACCCUCGAAGGUGCAAUAGACUCUCUUGCUUUCGCACUGAUCGGGUUGAUUCCCACUAAAUCAAAUGAAGUAUCCGACGCCCAGUUUACCCUGAGUACCUCCGUCACCGACACGAUCAGCAUUUACGAUCAAACAUGCUUCCCCUCCCUCUUCUGGCCCAAAGGCAAACCUGUCUGCAUUGGUUGAAUAGGCGUCUGAUGUUUACAAUAUCUGAUGUUUGACCUCUUUUCUUCCUCGUGUUUUACCCUUCUGUGCAGAUGGUUGUAGUCGGCGGUCCUUUUAUUUUGUCUUGAUAUACUGUUGUCAAUCCGCACAACAUUGUGAAA